CUGGCUAUGCUGUAUGAUAGGGGCAGAAAAACCCCAGAAAUUCAUAUACUUUGACAGGGGUGGACUUACAACUCAUUGGGCCCCUGGGCAACAGGGGAUCAUGGGGCCCCUGUGUCCUUGCCCAAACUCAAAAAAGCCUAUGAAAAAGGUACCAGGGGCAUCUCAUGGGGCCCCCUACUGACCCCGGGCCCUCGGGCAGUACCUGAGUUUCCGAAUGGUCAGUCCACCCCUGGU